GGGGAGGAGAUGAGGCAUGGCCCAAGAUCCGGAUCCCUGGAUGUAGAGACACCCCCUGCCCCCCAAUACAGACCAGGCUGCUGAAGAAGAGCUGCCAAGCUGGAGACAGGCUCCUCAACUGUUUCUCCCAGAAGCCCCGGCCCCAUGGCCAGGGAGAACCAAAGCAGCCUCUCUGAAUUCCUCCUCCUGGGACUGUCCGACCGGGCGGAGCAGCGGCAGCUUCUCUUCGUGUCGUUCCUCUGCAUGUACCUGCUCGGGGUCCUGGGGAACCUGCUCAUCGUGCUGGCUAUCGGCUCUGACCCGCACCUGCACACCCCCAUGUACUUCCUCCUCAGCAACCUGUCCGCGGUCGACGCCUGCUUCCUGUCCACCACCGUCCCCAAGAUGCUGUGCAAUAUCCAGACCCACAGUCGGUCCGUAUCCUUCUCCGGAUGCCUGGCCCAGAUGUACUUCUUCAUGCUGUUCGUGAUUCUGGACAACUUCCUUCUCACCGGGAUGGCGUACGACCGGUUCGUGGCCAUCUGCCACCCCCUGCACUAUUCCGCCAUCAUGAACCCACGUGUCUGUGCCUUGCUGGUCGGGGUGCCUUGGAUCGUUGUGAGUCUCAUUUCCCUCUUACACACCUUACUGGUGUUUCAUUUGUCCUUCUGUUCCAACAAUGAGAUCUUUCACUUCUUCUGUGAAAUUAGCCAUAUCUUAAAGCUGUCCUGUUCAGACACCCUCCCCAACGAAAUCCUGCUCUACUUCUUUGUGGUGGUGCUGGCUGCGGUCCCCUUCAUCGGGAUCCUUGUCUCUUACUCACGCAUCAUCUCCACCAUAUUGAAAAUCCCGUCUGUAGGGGGGAGGUGGAAAGCUUUCUCCACCUGUGGCUCUCACCUGUCAGUGGUGUUUCUGUUCUAUGGCACAGGGCUUGGGGUCUACUUCAGCCCCGGGUCUUCCCAAGGGUCCCGGAGGGGCUCGACAGCAUCUGUGAUGUACACGGUGGUUACCCCCAUGCUGAACCCCUUCAUCUACAGCCUGAGGAACAAGGACAUGAAAAGGGCUCUGAUGAAGCUCUGCCACAGGAAAACUCUCGCCUCCCAGAAGUUGUAACUGCUGGUCCUGAACCUUGGAGGCCUCAGAGUGUGGCAAACCCAACAGUAGGUCAUAGAACUGUUACCCAGAAUGGGCUUCCUAUGAUCAGUUUCUCUCACAGCCAUCAUCAUCAGUGCCUGUCGCAUAGUAAGCCAUAAAAAAACCAUAAAUAAUUAA